AUGGGUUCAACCAUGAAGCCAACCAUCUUCGACGAGAGAGUGGCCAAGGCUCUACAUAGUUGGCACCAAAAUGCAAAGAAACACAUAAAACAGAACCGUCAGGCAGGUUCUGGAUCCCCAUUGCCAAGCCGCCCAAGCACUCCACUGCAUGCCAUGUCUCCAGUUCAUCUACUUCUUUCGCACGGAAACAAAGUCGAAAGUGUUUCACUGUCUUCUAGGAUUCCCAAUGCUGAGGGAUCGGCUUCAUCCUCACGCCGGCAUGAGAAUGGACAAUGGUGUCGCAGCCACCACGGAAACCAGGAUCUACCGGAAGGAGAGGAGUCAAGAGAGAAACGUUCAGGCCCAGAAACUCAUCCCUCACAGCAUGAAAUUGAGAUGCAAUCAGCAGAUUUCUCAUUUGAGAAAAACUCAACCAUUCUACACGAUGCCAGUGGGCAAUAA